AUGACUAGUGUGAUAUUAGUUCAAAAUGCUACACCAGAAACGCUAAUACAAUUUCAAGAUCAGCUAUCAAACGAUCUACCGACAAGGAAAGGUAAGUGGAGUUUUGUUUUCAAAAUAUUUAGAAAUAAUCUGUUUGCAAUUCCAAAAGAGAUGGUAAACGUAGUGGACCAAAAUCCUGAUUCAAAAUUCAUGUUCACUUUAUCACCAUCAUAUCUACCAGGUAGUACAAUUUCGCUAAUAGACCGAAAGUCAGUAGGAGUUUUCACGAAUCCAAUACGAGAGGAAAUUGUUGAGUUGGGCCAUCUGGCCGAGUUAUGUAUACCUGAUAAUCACCUUCGAUUGGGUGCAACAAUGGGAUUGAAUGAUAGUUUUGAUGUAUUUGCAAAUUCAAAAUUACAAAAUUUAUGGACUCAGAAGCAAGUGAUUAAAGGUGAUGGAGGACAAAUCUAUGAGUUAGAAAACGGGAAUCUUUGUAUACGAACGUCAAAUGUAUUUUUACAUGGAAAUUUUAGGGGCUUGUUAUUACAAAUUGAAAUUGACGAAAAAUCGCCUAGCUACAAAGACAAAGAUGUUAAAAAUACAAUAAUCCAAAUAACCCAAAAAUAUGGAGUUUCAGAUCAAAAUUUGAGUUGUGAAGUUUUAAGUGCCUCGACACUCGACAAAUAUGGUGAUCUAUGUUUGCAAUAUUCUAGGAUUUUAGAUUUUUAA